AGUUAACGAUGUAUCAUCGGCUCCCAAAGGGUUCGAAAAGAAAAGCAUCCGCGACGGUGCAACGUCGGGACGCCUUACUGCCGACCAAGUAUUCUCAGUACAGGUCGGACGCAAGCUGUUCCGCCUAACGGGAGCGUCGCUUUCCUCGGACGGCCCAUCGCGUCUUACUCAAAGUGUUCAGGGACAACUUUGCCAGAGCAACGCCGGAUACGCACUGCACUUCGAUCGUAAUCCCGUCACCUUCCCAAAGAUCGUGCUGCAUUUGAAGGGCUAUCAUGUCGAGCCGGAGAAUGGCGAUGAAUUCGCCGGGUUGAUCGCAGAUGCACAUUUCUAUCGUCUACCGCGCCUGAGCAAACGUCUCCUCUCUGCCGAGAUCAUCUACGUCCGCGUCGGCGACGAGUCUGUCAAGGUCCAUCGCGAUCUCUUCUUCAAGCCUGGCGACUCACCCAAUCGUUUGAUCUUCAUUUGGUCUACCAAAUACCACGCGGAGGAUGGCGCCUUCGCCUCGAUCUCUCCAAGUCGAUCGGCAGGAGCGUCGCAACCUGACCCUGUCGACCCGGAUUGGUUGGAACCUCUGCAAUUUUGCAAUCGAUCCGCCGCCAUAUGCGUACCAUCUCAUCCCACCUUCGUCUCUCCCAAACUCCGUUUACAUUCGCUCGACAAGAUCCAAACCAUGCUCCUCAGCUCCGCCCUCCUCUCUCUCGCCAUCCUCCCCAUCCUCACCACCACCACCGCCAGAUCUCUUCCUAUUCACACCACCUACCACCGCGACAUAACCAUCCUCGGCGCCGGCGCCUCAGGAAUCUACGCCGCCCGAUACUGGGACCACGGAAUCACGCCGUCCUUAUUUGCUGAAUUUAACGUCUCCGUCGCGCCGGUGCCGCAGCCGGCUGGAUUGAGGAGUGUGUAUGUUGACUUUUGUACCGGGAACGAGUUGGAGGGGUAUGUGCCGCCGACUAUUGAGGCGGAGAUGAAGGCGGCGAGGAACUGGAGAGAUGUGGCGGGUCGGUAUGAUGAGGUGUUGGUGCCGGGAUUUUGGAAGUUGGAGGAGGGAAUGCCGGAGGGGUUGGUCAGGCCGCUUGGGGAGUUUGUGGAGAGGGAAGGGGUGGAGAAUUCAGUGUCGUGGUUGAAUGCGAUUCAGGCGGUGAGUGUUGGGGAUGUUAGGGGUGAGCCGGCAUUUUAUGUCAUGGGCCUCGCACUCCCCUCAUACGCAGCCACAGGUCUCCUUGAAGGCAGCGAAAUCGUGCCCACAUCCGCUUCGAACAGCGAGCUGUACACCAAAACCGCAGCCUGGCUCGGCCCCGACCUCCUUCUGAACACUCGCAUCCUGGAAAUUCGCCGUCCUCCCUCAUCCUGCUCCUGCUCCCCAUCCUCCUAA